AUGUCACAUAUCCUGUUCAAGAAUCAUGACAUGCCAUUAGAGAAUGCUCAUAUGAGAAUAAUCAUAUGCACCGAUACCUCAUUCGCAAGCUGGUUGACAAAGGUGACUGGUUUCGUGACUAUUUCAGGCUACAUUGAAGUCAAUGGUCAGCUAUGCGUGCAAGAGAUCAUCAAAAGCGUGGAUGCCAUCUUUGAUAGGUGCCAGAAAGAAUCCCCUUACUCGAAGACCCCUAUCGGUUCUGGGGACUCAGACGGAGAAAGAUUCAAUAUUCGUUCUUCUUUGAGACGCAAAGGGCCUAAGGCGAGUGGGACCGCGCACCAAAGAUACUUUAUCCUUAUCCCUGACAACGAUGGAUGA